AUGGAUAUAUUGAGGAACAAACCAGCUCUACCCAAUACCUCUUUGGUGGGAAAUUGGAUCCUCAAUACUGUUUCAGAAAUACAUUAUCGCUCUUAUUCCAGAAUACAGGAUGAAAGUAAGAUUAGUGAACCUUCAAAUCUUAAGACGGGAGAGGAAAUCGGACUUGGUGUUCGACCCGUAAUGCAGAUAGGGGAUGGAGGUGAAUUUGUUUUGGAAGAAGGAUGGAGAAACAUCAACGGAUCUUCUACUGGAGAAAGAGGUGUGGAUAAGAUUUUAGAUGGGUUUUGUGGGAUCAUUUGGAAGAGUCGAUUAUGGGUUUUCACUUCGUCUGGAGUUGAAAAAGGGUGGCCUGAAUUGGAAGGGUUGUAUGGCUCCAAAAUAUUCACAAUCCGUCCCUCUGACCUGGUACGAUGCGACGAUCAUGAUGAUAAACUUCACUGUCUACGUGCCGGUACUUGCGAGGUACACUUCGACUUCUCUCAAGAACAACGUGAUAUCUGGCACGCUUUCAAAUCUGCCAUAGUUGAGAAAAUCUCUUGGAACACUGGUAACCGUAUAUUCAUGAUUCCAUCCUCACUUAUGACACCACCAUUAGAAUCCUCCUUAUGGCCUUUAUCCGACUCUCGUCUCUUGCUUACCGCCCAUCCACGUCCCAAUUUCUCAGGAUCCUCACUACACACUCUCAUGCCACUUGGACUAUCGGCCAUAUACCUGGACUAUCUUUCUCUAACCCCCACUCAAGAACAAACUUGCUCUGAUGCUUUCUCCGUCGCUCUUGGUACUUCAUGGAAAUCUUCCAAGUGGGAAUACGAUCUAUGCCGGAGGUUGAGAGAUGAACCAUCUUCCGACUGGUCGGUCUACUGGGUCCCUCUAGAUUCUCAAUCCCAUGAUUGGACGAAAGGUGAAGGGGUGAUCACUAUCUGGCCCACUCAUCUUUCCACACCGCCCAACCAAAAGUUUCCUCGUACUUCUACACGAAGCAAGAUCAAUCCCAUUGUCAACAUACCUUCCUCCAGUCAUCUUCUCAACGUCGCUUCGAAAGUUCAUGAUAUUCUCGCCGCUCAGCGUAAAUCACCAGAUCAAGGGAUUGACGUUGAUGUUCCUGAUAAACCUACAGAAUUUGAGAUAGAACCGUACCCUGAGCCUGAGCCAGAGCCAUCCGACACGGAGUCAUCUGAAGAUAAGGAACAAAGCUCCGAUCUCGACGAUUUAUUUUCUGCAACGUCUAGUCCCAUAAUGGAACCUUUCGAAUCUGUCCCGCCUGAACCGAUUCCAUCACUAGGACAAUCGAUCCCUCCAAACAGUCUCGAGAACCAGAGUUUGACCGUCGCCCAGUCGUCAAAUAGUUCGAACAACUGGCAAAUGAGCGGAGUCAACGCAGGUGGAUCAGGAGGCGUGGGUGAAACGGCAAUGAUCACCGAGGAUGAUUUUGACUUCUUCGAUAGUCCUGUUGAUGACAAGACUGUCCAUCCUGAAGAAGAGGACCCGAUGACCGUUGACCAAUCACAAUUUCCCGAACGGCCCAUUUCUCCAGAAGUAGAUAACAUCCCCAUACGCUCUCCAUCAAACAAAGCUCCCUCUCCUGAACCCCCAGACGUAGAUGUCGAUCGACCCGACUCACCUCCCAUCGAAACCCACAUAAUGAAAACGUCUCCACUGGCCGAUAUCAUCCCAGACCCUUUCUCUCCCAUAUCCUUAGACUCCGCUCCUUACACUCGACCAGCAUUAUACUCUUCCAUCACUUCAGGAAGUACCUACACUCGGAAACCGACACCGGGACAGAAAUACGACUACGCCUCUAAUUGGGAUUUAAACUCUGACUCGUCGUCUUCCUCCGAUAUGGAUGAAACUUCAGAUGCUCCACCCACACCUAGAACGGAAUAUGAUGGAGAUUUCGAUAUGACCUUUCAUGUCACUCCCGCGGCUCCGCAACAUGGUCAUGGUCAAGGUGAGCCGAUAACUUUUCGAGGCCAUGUAUGUGUAGGGGCGGAAUGGGUGGUUCUCAAAGAUGAUCUUGAACGACUUGUAGCCAUGGCUAAACCUUGGGAUCCAUCCUGGAAACAUUCCAAUACGCUCCCGUCUGGCCAAACACGACAAUCCUUCCAAGAGAAAUCUACACAAGAUCAAGUCCGUCGAUUGGUGACAAUCGUUACGCUUGAUCCUCUGCUGUCAAAUGUGAUUCUCAGUCGAACGACCAGAGCGUUGAUACCACAUUCUAAGAGUGCUUUGACAAUUGGCAAACAUCACAGCAUCUUACCGGAUCUCACGGAGGAUGGUAUCUCACUGUCCGAGCUCGACAUUCCUGAGGUUGACAAGUCUAGUACUUGUGAUGUCGUCUCCACGACAUAUGGACAACUUCGUGUCAAUUUGGCUUUCCAUGGUCAUAUCACAAACAUGUCUAUCGCAGGACUAAAGUUAUGGAGGGAAUUGGGUUUAGAGCCAGCUGGUGGGAGAAAGAAUUUCGAAGCUUGGAUCGUCAUUGACGGUCCGGACGAAUGGAGGGUUGUAGCUGAGAAGUGGGCGGACAGGUUCGGAGAGAGUUGGGAAGCUCACAGACUUGGUAAGGUAUGUGAUGCCGAUAGACGAGUCGUAUGUGUUCAACCUGGCAAGAUGGUGGAAUUGGCAAUGGAGCUCGACACACGCACCAAAGACACUUCACUCAUCAUCUUCAUCUUCUCACAUUCUAUCCAAACUCUCAAUCCCUUGUUCUCUUCCAAAAAGUCUUUCCAUCAUAAAAUUCCCAUUCUCCUUCUCCCACCUUCUCUCCUGUCCCCACCCACAAUCCCCGAAGGACUCUUAUUCGACACAUACAACUCCCUCCCUCGACAUGUCCGAAGAAUCGAGCGUGAUCGUACCCUUCCUUCUACGUUACCUUCAUCCGAUAAGGAUUUAUACAUGCAACAUCCAUCCUUCACCCUGGUCCCUGAUACCCCUCCCAAAUCAAUUCUUUCGCUUAAGUGGCCAGUGGAAAACCAUGAAGUCCUCGAUAGGGAUCGUAUUGUCCAUUGUGCCUAUUCGGUCGAUAAGACAACAGGUCUCGUGGUCGCUUGUGUGAUGGAUGAUCAAGGUGAACAAUGGCAAAUUCAGACUUGGAUGGUGGAUGGGGUUUCGGAGGUCGUAGGGAAGGUUUGGGAUUGGGUUUGUGGUUGGCAUGGAUCUCAAGGGAGUUCGAUAGAGAUGGCGGUUGUACGGAUGGGGGAGAUGAGUUUGGAAGAGUAUGAAGCUUGGAAAUCAUAUUCAUCUUCCACUCACCCCUUGACAAUCCUCACUAUUCCCUCUCUCCCACCCCCUCCACCAUCUAUCCUCUCACCCCCUAAACCGACCAACAUACCUGCAUCAACAUUCACAGAUCCCUCUUCUAGACUGAUCGAUGAAUCCCUCAUCGGAUCAUUCCAUCCUAUCGCCCCACGCCCCAUCUUUUUUCCUCUCUCACCAUCUAUCCCAUCUGUCCCAUCGUCUGAUCCUACAUUCGACAGACCCUUCACGGAAGAGAGAGGGAAAGGGAAAGAAAUCUUCUUCCCUACUUUCAUCCUAAGUCAAUCCUCACCAGAUGCUCAGACUCAUGUCUCGACCAUAUAUCACAUCAUUGCACAAAAUGGUAGAGGGAUAGAAGAGGAGGAGAUAAAGGUAAAGGACAGAAGGAGUAAAUUGGGGAAAGAAUAUUGGAGGUUGACAUGUCUUGGAAGGACCAGAUGGGGUUUUGAAGGUGGUUUACCAGCUCAUGUCGAAUGUGUUAGAUCGGCAUUGGAGAUUGUAGAGUUUCUGGCGCCCACCUGA